GCUCGUCUCUACCGAAAAUAACAGAAUAGUACUUGGUUAAAAGCAGUAAUUUUACGAGCUGAAAUGGGUACGCUAACGGAUUUUGGUCAAAUUGCCUUAAAAUGGGAUCCAAAGAAUUUAGAAAUCCGAACAAUGUCAGUGGAAAAAACAUUGGAGCCUCUAGUUUUGCAGGUUACAACUCUUGUGAAUACCAAAGGGCCAAGCAAGAAAAAAAAAGGGAAAUCAAAGCGUGCAAGUGCCCUUGUUGCAGCUGUUGAAAAGGCUACUGAAAAUUUUAUUCAAAAAGGUGAACUUAUUGCAUAUGAAAAUCCCGAUAUAACCCAAGAAAUGCUGGCUGCUGUUGACGAAGUGCGGAAAACGGGUGAUGCCAUGAGUAUAGCAGCUAGAGAGUUUUCUGAGGAUCCUUGCAGCUCUUUAAAACGUGGAAACAUGGUGCGCGCAGCAAGAAAUUUGCUUUCAGCCGUAACGCGCUUACUUAUACUGGCUGACAUGGUCGACGUUCACUUACUGCUUAAAUCGCUGCAUAUCGUUGAAGAUGAUUUAAAUAAAUUGAAGAAUGCAUCUAGCCAGGACGAGCUUAUGGAUAACAUGCGGCAAUUUGGACGUAACGCUGGGGAGCUGAUUAAACAAGCUGCUAAGCGUCAACAGGAGCUAAAGGAUCCGCAACUCCGUGAUGAUUUAGCCGCCGCUCGAGCUAUGCUGAAGAAGCACUCAACAAUGCUGCUUACAGCUUCUAAGGUUUAUGUUCGUCAUCCAGAGUUAGACUUGGCUAAAGUCAACAGGGACUUCAUCUUGAAGCAAGUGUGCGAUGCCGUGAACACAAUUAGUGAUGUAGCUCAGGGAAAAUCGUCGCAGCCAACCGACGUUUACAGCGGAGCAGGAGAGCUUGCUGCAGCUCUAGACGAUUUUGAUGAGGGCAUAGUGAUGGAUCCAACAUCGUACAGCGAAAAACGGUCCCGUCAACUGCUUGAAGAACGUCUGGAGAGUAUUAUCAGCGCUGCCGCUCUAAUGGCAGAUGCAGACUGCACGAGGGACGAGCGACGUGAGAGAAUUGUUGCCGAAUGUAAUGCAGUUCGUCAAGCAUUACAGGACUUGUUGUCCGAAUAUAUGUCUAACAUGGGUCAGAAAGACCACAGUCCAGGACUAGAUCGGGCAAUUGACCAAAUGUGUCGCAAGACCCGUGACCUACGUCGUCAACUAAGAAAAGCUGUUGUUGACCACGUCUCAGAUUCAUUUUUGGAAACAUCAACUCCACUGAUUGAUUUGAUUGAGGCAGCCAAAUCUGGCAAUGAGAAGAAGGUUAGAGAAAAAGCCGAUGUAUUUACUAAACAUGCCGAAAAGUUGGUCGAAGUAGCAAAUCUUGUCUGCAGCAUGUCCAACAAUGAGGAUGGCGUGAAGAUGGUUCGAUAUGCAGCAGCUCAAAUUGAAAGUUUAUGCCCCCAAGUAAUAAAUGCAGCAUCUAUACUCACAGUGCGACCGAACUCAAAGGUUGCUCAAGAGAACAUGUCAGCUUAUCGCCAAGCAUGGGAAGUCCAAGUUCGCAUUUUAACAGAGGCCGUGGAUGACAUAACAACAAUUGAUGAUUUUCUAGCCGUUUCGGAAAAUCAUAUUCUUGAGGAUGUUAACAAAUGUGUGAUGGCUUUGCAAGUGGGUGAUGCCAAAGACUUACGUGCUACCGCUGGAUCUAUUCAAGGGCGUUCGUCGCGCGUAUGCAACGUUGUUGAAGCUGAAAUGGAUAACUAUGAACCAUGUAUUUAUACUAAACGAGUUUUGGAAGCAGUAAAAGUACUUCGAGAACAAGUCAUGAUCAAAUUUGAGCAACGCGUAACCGCUGCCGUGGAAGCUCUCUCCACAAAUACAAACAAAGAUGUAGAUGAGAAUGACUUUAUCGAUGCAUCUCGUUUGGUUUAUGAUGGUGUUCGCGAAAUACGUCGUGCUGUAUUAAUGAAUCGAAGCUCUGAUGAUUUAGAUACUGACACAGAAUUUGAGCCAGUAGAAGAUCUUACAUUGGAAACACGCAGUCGAUCAAGCGCCCAUACUGGUGACCAGACGGUUGACGAAUAUCCAGAUAUUAGUGGUAUUUGCACUGCUAGGGAAGCUAUGCGUAAAAUGACGGAGGAAGACAAACAAAAAAUUGCACAGCAGGUGGAACUAUUUCGUCGCGAGAAGCUUACUUUUGAUUCCGAAGUCGCAAAAUGGGACGAUACAGGCAACGACAUUAUUUUCUUGGCUAAGCAUAUGUGUAUGAUAAUGAUGGAAAUGACGGACUUUACAAGAGGACGAGGCCCAUUGAAGACUACUAUGGAUGUUAUCAAUGCAGCUAAGAAAAUAUCGGAAGCCGGAACAAAGCUGGAUAAACUUACCAGAGAAAUAGCGGAACAGUGCCCCGAAAGCAGCACUAAAAAGGAUUUAUUGGCAUACUUGCAACGAAUUGCAUUGUACUGUCACCAAAUCCAAAUCACUUCUAAAGUUAAAGCUGACGUUCAGAACAUAAGUGGAGAGCUUAUAGUUUCUGGGUUGGACAGCGCCACCUCCUUAAUACAGGCGGCUAAAAAUUUAAUGAAUGCUGUAGUACUGACAGUAAAGUACUCCUAUGUAGCGUCUACAAAAUAUACAAGACAAGGCACUGUUACUUCUCCUAUAGUUGUAUGGAAAAUGAAGGCACCCGAGAAAAAACCGUUAGUACGCCCAGAAAAGCCAGAAGAAGUGCGUGCUAAGGUUCGCAAAGGGUCUCAAAAAAAAGUUCAGAACCCAAUACAUGCUCUAUCUGAAUUCCAAAGUCCAGCUGACGCUGUCUAAGGGUUAAAAAUUCGAAUAAAUACACUUUAGUACUAUAUAUCUACUUGAUGACAUUCAUACAUAACUUUAUUGUGUAUCCACAUAUUUGUAUCCGAAUAUUUAUUAUUAAAAAUAU